AUGCGCCCUCGGCCUGCGCACCGGGUCCAGCGCGCCCGCGUCCGACACAUGCAUCUCCAGGUCGCUCCGAGCGUGAAACGGGCGGCGUGCGUAUGUGCGGGCGGAGUCCUGGUUGGAAGUCACCUUGGAGCGAUUAAGGGACAGCACGCGCACGAAGCGAUCCACGCUUCUAUCCGAUGUCUAGCCGGGUCGGGAGGUGCAGGCGAGAGCGAAGGCGAGAGUGAAAGUGCGCUUGCGCAUCAGCGUGAGGAUCAGGGAGAGGCUUUGAAGGUGCUUGGGAAGCUUUUGAUGAUGGCGACGACGACAUGCGAUCACAGGGCAAAGCGAUCUCACCGCCAGGCGCCCCGGAACACCGCAUAG